GCCGGGUCUCACCCUCCACUCCACUAGGAGGCGCGCGCUCCCUGCUGAUGAUAGUGUUGGUGUCAGUGGCAGUGCAGCUACAUGUGACAUUGACAUCAACAGAGGCACAAUGAGGCUGACUGCUUUCCUGUCGAUGGCAGCCAGGGUGGUUUUGCCCAAACAAUACCGCUUCGGCACCAACAGACCGUGGACGAUGCCUGCUCAGAAGAUGAAUCCUCCGGGGAAGAGGAGGAGGAAGGUGUUUGUGCAGCCGAUGGCGCCAGAGGACUGGUCCGUGCUCAAAGGGGACACAGUGGAGAUUCUGGCAGGGAAGGACAAAGGGAAGCAGGGAAAAGUGAUCCAAGUCUUCAGACACAGAAACUGGGUUAUACUAGCGGGCCUGAACACGCAUUACAGGUAUAUUGGAAAAAGUGAGGAUUACCGUGGAAUUUACAUUGCUGGUGAGGCUCCCCUCCUGCUCACCGAUAUUUCCCUCAUUGACCCCGCAGACAGGAAGCCCACUGAUAUAGAGUGGAAAUUCACAGAGCAGGGUGAGAAAGUCCGAGUGUCUAUCAGGACGGGUCGAAUCAUCCCGAAACCUAUUGUCCAGCGACGAGAUGGCAUCAUACCAGAGCAGUGGAAAGACGGUCCAAAAGACACCAGUCCAGUUGACACUCUAGCAAAAACUUACGUACCGUCUCUAAAAACCCUGGAGGAGGAAGUCAUGGAGAAAAUGGGCAUCCAGGAGAACAGAAGGAACCAAAGGUCCUACUGGUACUGAGCAGAACAAUCAGAGACACUCAGGCCACAUUGUGCUAUCCAGUUAUCACAGGGACUCUGAAGACACCAUGCUCUGGUGGAAGUCGAGCAGAACGACAUGAGGAUGACAUGAGUAAGGAUUAUGGACUGUAAAAUACUGGUGGGACAUGCUUCUCAUCAAGGAAACGAUAGCUUCGUUAAAAUACGAGGAGUCGGAACAGACCUGCUACUUAAAUGUUUCCUGGGUACAGUUUCAGUCCUUCUCUAUUUACAGCGGUAAUCAGAGAUUGAGUUAUGUUAUUUUUCUUUGUAAAUCUGAAUAAAAAUAUCAUAAGUGAA